CCCACGGCUCGAGGGGGAGAAGGGAAUCCACCGGGCAGGAAAGUUUUCCCCGCGGGCACCUCCGCCUCCUCCGCGGCUGCUAUAAAAAAGGGCGCCAAGUCGCUGGAUAACGCAGUUUGCCGCUCUUCACCCCCUCCGUCUCUCUUCGUUUCCUUGCAAAGAUCAGAGAGGGGGAAACAGGCGCAGAGAUUCAAGCGCAGGAAUGGCGUCCAACUACGUCGACACCACCGGCGAGGAGGGCACGUUCCGCAGCACGACCCCCACGGGGGCCGCGGCGUCGUCCCCACGCAUGAUGCGGCGGAGCUUCUCGUCCGCGUCCUCAGGCAGCCACGGCGGCGGCGGCGGCGCCUCCGCCAAGUGCGUCUGCGCGCCGGCGACCCACGCCGGGUCCUUCAAGUGCCGCCUCCACCGCACCAACUCCCAGGGCCACGGCCACCCCCACCCUUCCCCGCCGGCCUCCCCGGACGGGGCCGCCUCUGCUGCGCCCCCGCCGGCCGUCUCGUCCUCCUCCUCCACCCGCACCGUCGAGGCCCAGUGAGAAAUCCCGGAAUCGCCAGACUGAGAAAUCAACAAAAGAGAGAGGAUAGGGGGAAGCGAGAAGAGAACAUCAUCGUACUAGAAGGGAGUUUAUUUGUAUUUCCCUUAUUGUGAUCUCCAUGUUAUUGGGUUAUUUUUCCUCUUUUUUUUGCUGUGCUGGAUCUCUCUAUGGAACUCCAUCCCCAUCCCCCCUAUCUACUGGACCAAUCUGGGAAAUGGAAGAAAAGGGCCUCUAGUUCUAUUGGAGUGUUGGCCCUUCUGCUGAAUGUAAUUACUAGUACCAUUUGCCGUUCUAUUGAAGCCCCCAGUUGUUGCAGA